AUGGUGAAAAACCAGAAGCUCUGGCGUGAGAUUCAGCUGCAAUAUGCCAAGCUCUGUGAAGAUGAGCUCGGCUCGGAAGUCUUUGCUCCUCCACCCUCAUCGCAUUCUCCCCGUGGGCCCGCGGUGGCUGCGGGAUCGGAGAGCGGAACAGGCCCCGAGACCGGCGCGGUGACCGCGGUGGAAGGUGCGAAGCUGAAGCCGCUCUUCUACCGGAAUGGGCUGGAACUGAAACACUGGGUUCUGACCUGCUGCGCUUUGGUCGUGAUGUGUGAAUGGUUAGAUCGAAGUGUUUUGUCCAUCGCCUUGGAAUCCAUGAAGCCGGAUUUCCAGAUGAAUGAUGUCCAGGUGGGACUUCUAGCUUCUUCAUCCCUGUGGAUUGUGCCUCUUGCUACAGGGCCUGUGGGUCGUCUAGCUGAUCGAGUGCCCCGUGCCAAACUCCUGGGUGCAGGAGUCUUUCUCUGGUCGCUCUCCACCUUGGCCACAGGCCUCUCGGGCAGCUUCGAAGUGGCCAUCCUCUGCCGCCUGGCCGCGGGCGUCGCCAACUGUGCAGGCUAUCCCGUGGCCUUGGCACUUUUGUGCGACCACUUUGCAGCAGAGGAGCUGAGCACUGCAAUGGGAUUCUACCAUGCGGGCUCAGCCUUGGGUGGACUUGUGGGCUUUGCUUUGGGUGGUUCUUUGAUCAGCAAGUAUGGCUGGCGUUCAGCCUUCGCACUACUGGGAGCACCCCAAGUGGCGGUCUCCUUUCUCUUGCUUUGCACAGUGCCCAACAGUUAUUCCUCCAAACCGGAUGGCCACUGGGCCUCCGACUUGAAAGCCUUGCUGUCUCGUCCACCAGUCCGACUGCUGCUGUUGGGCGCUUUGUUAACAGGGCUGCUCUCGGGCCAGGGACGCUUCCUCUCGGCCUUCAUCGAGCGAAAACACGGCCUACAACCGAGCGACAUCGGGCUGGUGCUGGGUCCGACGCUGGGCGUGGCGGGCGUCUUGGGAGGCUUUGCCGCGGGACAUUUCAUCGAUCAUUGCUUUCAGAAACGCGGGGGGUCCCUCCGGGUGAAUCUGUACUUUGCCAGCUUCGGUGACGCCCUUGGGCUCCUGCUGGGCAUCGCCGUCUUCGAAGCCUCGUCCUUCGGAAAGCUGGUCCUCUUCGCCGCGCUCGGUGUGCUGGCGGGGACCCUGCGGCAAGGGGUGCAGGCGGUGGUGCAAGAGGAAGGGACUGGACUACGAGGUACCUUGCAAGGGAUGCUGGAGACCUGCUGGUCUGUGGGCACUGGUUUGGGUCCCAUUCUGGUUGGCUGGACCUCGGAUUUGAGCAAGGCCUCUGCAACUUGCGAUGACGCCUGCGCACUACAGAAAGCUCUCCUCUCCUUCGGCAGCGCGGGUAUCACGCUGCGCGGCGCCACGUACCUCGCGUGCGCCUGGUCCUUGGAGCCGCACGCGCUGCGCGCCGAGCCGCACGCAGUGGCUGAAUCGCCGGAGACGCCCACGGUGCUGGGGAAGCCGACCGGUGAGACGGCCGAAAAGGGCGAUGCGUGGAACCACCGGAUGAUGCGAAAGAAUGCCGAGGGUGACUCCGGCCUGCAACACUUGGAGGUUACAGCCAAUGGUAGUCUUGCGCAGCAGCCAGUGGUGAUGGCGCCAGCCAUGUCUGGAAUGUCCGGCACCAACAUGAUGAGUGGAAGCAACAUGGGUCAAGUCCCCUUUGUCAGCAACGCGGCGCCAACCUUGGCUCCCACAACAACAACCACAGUGGCCACCACAACUGCUGCAGCAACGACUGCAGCAGCAACCACAGCAGCGGCCACAACGGCAGCUAGUACCACUGAAGCAACAACCACCGAGGACAAGAAAGAGGAGAAGGCCUCCAACGCCACAGGCAACUCCACAGACAAGAUGAUCGUGUCGGCGGAAGCUCCACCCGCUCAAGAAGAUGCCAUAGAGAAGAAGGAGGCCGACCGUGAUGCGAGGAGCUUGAUGUGGAUGGUUGGCUCUUUCUUGUGCUUGAUGAUCUUCGUUGGAUGUGGAGUUCUUUUCUUGAGAUGGAGGGAUGACGACAAGCGACCAGGUGCUCGUGAGGAUGAUCGGCGCAAGUCUGCCGACUCUCAAGUGAACCGCUUCGCGACCAGCAGCCGCGGCUACAAGAAGAACACGCGCUCCUCGAAGCUGGAACCUCCGGGUGAGCCCCAGGCUCAAGCACCAGCGGCCGACCCCAAAUCAGGUUCUGGAGGGGACGGCGAAGCUUCGAUGCAGCGGCGCUCAUCAUAUCGAGAAAGGAGAAGCAAGUCCGCGGAGCGCAACAGCCCAUCGGAAGGAGAGGCGAAGACUUUGAAGGCGGCGUCUCCCGGCCGCCGUGCCAGCAGCCGACCCCAGAGCACCCCUGAGUCACCACCUGUGACCGAAGCACCUGCCAGUCCGGAUGCCGAGCCCAAAGCCAGCUCUUACCGCGCGCGGCGGGAGGCCAGCCGGAGCCGCGAGAAAGGCGGAAGCGGAGCCAAAGCCCCGGAAGCCAAGGCAUGUGGUGCAAGCGGGGGCUUCAGUACUGUAGGAGCCGACAAGCGAAGAAGUUGUGUGGAUCGUGACGCGCCCGUUGAUCGUGACGCGUCCGAAGGUUCAUGGUGGGGAGAGUCGAAAUUGAACAACCGGGAGCCAGAUGCGGAGUCCCUGAAAAGCUGGCCUUCUCCCUCAGGGGAAGAGGUUGAUGCCUUUGACGUGGUGGAGCUGAGUUGCAGCACCACUCACUGCUUUGCACGAACAGCUGGUGGCCAUAUCUACGGUUGGGGAUCCAACUCCUACGGCGAGCUGGGCUUUGCAGAUGACUCACAGAGCUACUUCUGGGUGCCCAAGGAGCUGAUGAUUCCUGGGAAGAACAUCAAACAGGUGUGCUGUGGACAAGAGUUUACCUUGGCCAUCACCUUCACUGGAGAAAUCUGGUCCUGGGGCAAGGGCUCAGAAGGUCAACUAGGCCUGGGGCAUUGCCGAGAUGAAGGACAGCCGUGUCGCAUUGGACUGGAGAACGUCCUCAGCUGCGCCGCCGGGGAGCAGCACAGCGCUGCCAUCGCGGAAUCCACGGAUGGAAGAGUUCUCUACACCUGGGGCAUGGCCGACAGUGGCAUGUUGGGUCUGGGUGGCUUCAUUACCUGUGGGCCGUGCAGCAUGCCCACGCAGGUGGAGUUUGACUUCGGCAAGAACAUGUAUCCCACCACGGUGAGAUGUGGCCCCAGCCACACCGGGGUGAUUUGCAACUCCACUGCAGUGGUCAAGACCAGAAGAGAGGCCGAAGAGGACAAUGCUCUCUAUACCUUUGGAAAUGGCUGGUAUGGGAGGUUGGGCCUGGGCGAUACCAAGUCGCAGUUCCAUCCGAUGCGGGUGAAGCUGCCCAAAUCGCUGCGAGACGUGUCGCUGGGCACCGACCACACUGCGGCGAUCACUUGGGCGCAUGAGCUCUAUGCCUGGGGGAAGGCCUCCUUGCUUGGAGAAGUGCAACAUGUUCUGAAUCCCAAGAAGUUCUCCAUCGAGGGAAGCUCUGAGUUUCGGAACGUGGUCUGUGGAGGAAAUGAGACGUUCGUGAUCGACCAGCAGGGCCGCUUAUUCGCCUGGGGUGCCAAUCAAUGUGGGCAACUGGGCAUAGGGCAGCAAGCUGGAAGCUUCGUUCAGACCGCCAGCCAUGUGAAGCCGAUUCACGACCCCGUCGCCUCGGUGGUCUCGGGAGACACCUUCACCAUCGCCCGACUGGUGAAUGGUGAUGUCUUAGCCUGGGGAAGCCAGAGUUGUGGCCGUUUGGGCCUGGUCGAAGUGAAGGAGGAGCGCAUCUGCUGGGACCCCUCCCUGGUCGUGGCCACCUGGUCAACCGCUGCCGCGGUCUCUGCUAAGAAGACAGGGCGCAAAAAUCGCAAAUCGAUGGGAAGCGUACGUACCGACACCACAGAUGCUGAGGAAGUGCCUCAGGCAAAGCAGACAGCUGGCAAAGACAAGACUGCCAAUGUUGUUAGCUUUGUGAUGCUCCAAACCGUGCUGCAGCAAGAAAGCAAUGAUCACAGCAGUGCUGAACUGAAGCGUUAUGCCGAACAACUGGAGCAGACUGCGAAAGAGAUCGUUUGGGAUAUCCAGAAGCUCAAGAAAGAAGAGGAGCCCUUGCUGAAGCUGGAAGCCCAGCUCAGUGACUCCUUGAAGAUGAAUCUUCGUUGGUUUCGCGGCCUGGUGGUGCCCGACGCUUCCACGACCUUGUUGGAUGCACGACUUCCGCACCACUUGGCGACCUAUGCACGAAUGUGUUGGAUCCUGCAGCAGCAGACCACUUAUCUGACUCAGCUCUCGCAGUACCUUCAUGGCUUUGAGGCAGACAUUUUCUUGGAGACGGUUGAUGCCCUUUUUGGGGACGUCAACGACGAGCGGCAGCUGCAUCUCUUCAACUCCUUACAGACUCGAAUGAUUGCCAAGGAGGCAGAGAAUGCAGGCGGAUCCCCUGAGAAGUUCAUGGACAAGAGAGACUCCAUUGGCUUUAUGGUCUUCUCGCGACGUUUCUUGCGACAGGCCUUCGCCAAGGACGUCUUGUGGCCCUUCCUGGGCUCCAAGGAUUCCAUUCUCGAACUGGUCGGCUCCAUUUCCAGCUCUGCGAAUAGCACUGGAUUCUGCUUGAGCUAUGCUGACUUCAAGGAGAAGCUGGGCGCAGAUGGCAGAGGCAAAGAUGAGGUGGAGUUGAACAACCUGUACUCUGGGAGUUUGAAGGCCUUCCGAGACUUCCUGACUGGAGGUUUUCUGGACAUCAUCCGCAAGAUCCAGUUGCCCAGAUCCAUGCAACUAGCUUUGCGUCAAGUGGCUCUGGCCUCCCAGAGAUGGAAAGACUCAAGCCUUCUUGCAGAUAUUGAGAAGGAGCAAAGGCCGUACCAGCCAGCUUUAAGACUGUUUUGCUACGGCAUCAUCGAGCCCAUCAUGCGCGAUGGAGCUCAAUAUGCAGUGCCUGCGAACUUCCUGAAGAAGAGUGCCGCGGAUUACAAGCCAGAUGAUCCGCAAAUAGCAUCAAACUUUGAUUGCAUCGCUGACUUCUUGGACAAGAUGCUGUCAAAUACCAUUGAUCCAAAAGAGAAGGCGCUGAUUUCUGCUGCCCGGUUGAUCAAAGAGGAGCUGCUGGCAUAUGUGCGCCGCCAGAGCGAGGUAGAGGAUACCACUGGCCCAGACAUCCUGGGAGCCACACUCCAGAGCCACUAUUCGCGGGAGAAGAGCUUUGUGACCAUGUCGCAGGCCCACAUCAUGAAGCUCUCAAACCUGCUGCUGGAAUGGAGCAACAAGCUGCGAAUCAAAGAGCACGACCAAUUGGACGCGUGUGUGAAGAGCAUACCUGAAUGGAACAAAGAGACGAUUACGAUCAGUGAGAGGUAUGAAGUGCGGCUGAACUUCGAAAUCAACACCCGCUUUAUGAUCACAGAAGAGGAGAUCCGCCUUUGUAAGCAAUCAAUGUGCCCCUUGCCCGAAUGGGCAUGCAGUGCGAAUGCUUCUCAUCGACUUGUGUACAUAGAAGAGGAAGCCACUGGCAAUGACCAAGGUGCUUUCUUCGAGUCUUUGUUUCAACGUUUGGGUCCCCUUGAGAGCAAGAACUUUGCGACUCUGCGUUUGGAGCUGAUGGAGCGUCGGCAGCAGCUGGCGUCCGGUGGCUCUGAUGAAGAAGGCUAUUUGCAGAUGAUCAACGACCUGGACACUGCGGUCCAGCAGAUCACCGAGCUCAUGGACGUGGGCGCCGAGCCGCGGCAGCUCUUGGACCUGCUGGUGGAACGGGUCAGGGUUCGGCAGCGGCAGUUCCGAUAUCUUGAAAUGACUGACAGUCACUUGAAGUCCAUCUUGGAGCGGCAAGGCGAAUACAAGAAGGACCUCAAGCUGCAGAUGACCGAGCUGAAAGAUGCUGUAGAUUUCUCGCUCAGCAUGAAGUUGCCCCAAACGCUGCAGCAGGCUUGCCAUGACUUUGGAGUGACGUCUUCUUUCCAAAUCAUCCAGAAGAAGAUGGAAUUUGUGCCAACACUCAUGGCCACAAAGGAUAUGGCUGAGAUUGGCUGCUCCUACAUUCCAAUGGCCACCUAUCCUGUGGCCAAACUCAAGAAGAUGAAGGUUCUGGUGGAGGUGUGUCCUCCACACAACGCGCUGCAGAAGAUGAUGGAGAUCACCUUCAAGAAGCUCGAUGCGCAAGCAGUGGAGAUCACCGUCAGCGUCGCGCAAGGCAGCAACAAGAAUGUCAUCAAGAAGAUUACUUUGGAGCCUGCCAAGUUGAAACAACUUCGAGCUGCAAAGAAUGAUGAGAUUGCAGAGUUUGGCAUCCCCGGCGAAGCGCCCUUCAUGACUUGCAAUGCCUCCAACUUUGUGAGUCUCGGAGCUCGGAUUCGACAGAUCAUUCUUCACAUCAAAAGCACUGCCUUCUUUGCAGGCCUUUGCAGGCAAUUUCGUCCCGUUUUCUUUCGUGGCUUUUCGGUGCACCCAAGCAACGGUCACUGA